AUGUCAUGUAACUCAUUAACUCAUGACUUUGAAGGGCAGACAAGGAGGCGCAUUAAGCAUACUUUCUCUCCAACUCUUCACAAAAUCUGCUGUCUUACUGAAUAACUCAUAUUGUACUGAGGUGACAAUUUGAAGUUGGAGUGCUAUUCUUGUACCAGUGGAUCUGGGUCUCUGGGAGAGGUCAUCAUGGCGGUGCCUCAUUUGUCUCUACUCACCUUUGCUCUGCUGUUCAUUCAACUAUCCAGUUCAUCUGGGGGCAAAAUCCUUGUGUUCCCACUGGAUGGAAGCCACUGGGUAAACAUGAAAAUACUUGUAGAGGAACUGCAUGCCAAAGGACACAAGGUCACUGUGGUUCGAGCACCAGACAGCUGGUAUAUCAGUGAGAAGUCUCCUUUCUACACCUCUGUCACCCUUUCCAGCCCAGUUGGCUUUGAGGAAAACUUUGAAACCUUCUUGUCUCCACAGCUGGAGAUCCGGGUUCAGGAUAAGCCCUCAUCUUUUUGGUCUCACGCCUGGAGUCGUUUUCAGAUACAGCGGGUGCUUGUGAACCAGUUCUAUCAGUUCCAUAAGAGAAUGAGUGAAAUGGUUGUUCAGAUGUUUGAAGAUGAAAACCUGAUGCGCUCCCUACAUGAUGCCAAAUAUGAUGUGGUUUUGACCGACCCUGGCAUCGGCGGAGGGGCCAUACUGGCCCAUCGGCUCCAAGUUCCUCUUGUUUUCAAUGUCAGAUGGACCAUUCAAGGUGAAGCUCAUCUUCUUAUUGCUCCUUCACCUCUGGCAUACAUUCCUUUCACUGCAACAGAGUUGACAGAUAGGAUGACUUUCACUCAAAGAAUCAAGAAUGUUAUAAGUUAUACCAUUGGGAUGUACACACUGUCAUACAUGACAGAGCCUCACUACAAACCUGUGGUUAGAAGGUACUUUGGUCCUGAUGUGGAUUAUUUAACGUUUUUCGUGGAUGCUGAUAUAUGGCUUAUGAGAAAUGAUUUUGUCUUUGAAUUUCCACGUCCUACAAUGCCAAAUAUAGUCUACAUGGGUGGAUUUCAGUGCAAGCCCCCAAAGCCGCUGCCUGAGGACUUGGAGGAGUUCGUCCAGAGUUCUGGAGAUCAUGGGGUUAUUGUGAUGACCUUAGGAACUCUAGUUGGGAAGCUUCCUCAAGAUAUUGCGGAGGAGAUUGCAGCAGCCUUUGCUCAGCUACCUCAGAAGGUUAUAUGGAGGUACAUGGGACAUAGGCCAGCCAGCUUGGGCAACAACACAUUAAUGGUCAGCUGGUUGCCACAGAACGACCUCUUGGGACAUCCCAAAACUAGAGUAUUUGUGACCCAUGGAGGCACCAAUGGGAUUCAGGAGGCAAUUUACCAUGGGGUUCCUGUAGUUGGACUUCCCCUAUUCUUUGAUCAGCCUGAUAACCUCUCCAGAAUCAGAGCCAAGGGAGGAGCAGUGAUUGUAGAUAUUGCCAUGCUUGACAGGCACAUCUUUGCAGAUGCACUGAUGACAGUUCUUUACAAUUCCUCUUACAAGGAAAACAUGCAGAUGCUCUCGAGGCUGCACAGAGAUCAGCCUAUGAAACCACUGGACCAGGCAGUGUUUUGGAUAGAAUAUGUUAUAAGGCAUAAAGGAGCCCGUCAUCUGCAGACACAUGCCAACAAGAUGUCCUGGUUUGUUUACAACUCCAUUGAUGUUAUUGCUGCUCUUGUGACCGUUGUUUUGCUUAUAACAUUCACCUGCAUUUCAAUUGUAAGAUUACUGUGGAGAAUGAUUUUUGUUGGGAAAAGGGUUAAACAGGAGUAACAUGAAAUACAAGAGGCUGGUUUUCUGUGUGAAAUUCAGACAUUACCAGACAUUAACAAAACAUGUUGUUUUUUUUCCAUCCCUUUUUGAUUUCAUUAUUUUUUGGGGACUUCCUAAAUGGGAUGACCCAUCAGUAGUUUUUUUUUUUUCAGUGUGAAAGAUAUUCACAUUGCUACAUCUGUCUUUGAAGAGACCUAAAUGUCACUGUCUGCUAGCUUUGCACAGUUUUAGUAUAUUCAUUGUAAAGAUCAGAAUACUUAAAAAAAAGUAAUACUUUAAUGUUUUACUGUUUUAGAAAAAAACAAGUGAAAUUAAACUGGUUAUAAGCAGGAUUAAAAAACUGAAUAUUUCAGAAGGUUGUUAUUAUUUUUCUCUUGCUCUAGACAUGGCAAUGUUGGCAUGUCAUCAUACUGUGUGAAGUUACCUGCAUGUUACAGGUGAAUAUUAUAAAAAAUCACAGAUGUAUCAUAGACAGGCAGGUUGAUAGGAUAAAACUUUCUUUUAAUCUUAAAAUGAACUACAAGAAUGAUGCUUAUAAUAAUAAUGCUUGCUGUAUAUUCAAAAAAGGUGCAGUACAUGGCUGAUAAAACAAUACAGUGCAAGAAAAUGUCAUGAGACUGGUUGAGGAAGCCUUGACAGCUUUUGAUUGAACAAGACUAUAUCAGACAAUAUCAAAUAACUAUAACCAUAACACUACUUCUUGCUUGUUUUGUUGUAAAAAGCAGCUUAAAUACUAUAUGUAAUAUAUACAAAAUAUACAUGAUUUUGAUGUAUAGCAGUAAAAAUAAUUUCAAUCUCAUUCUUAACCAUCAGCUGUGCAUUAUAUAUGACGAUAUAUAUUAAUGAGUACAAUUUACUUGAUUAUAAACAUACAGGAUGUCUUGCAUAUUGAUUUAUACCAUAAAUGAUUAUAAAACUAAACUUUUAACAAAAAAUAAUUCCAGAAGAUUCUUGCCUUGGCCAGGCUGUACACAAGACUUCACUGCAUUAACUUACAUACGCUUCAAAUUACACAGGAAAACAUUUGAUGCAGAUCAAACAGCACAUAGAAGUACAGUGCUAGAUUUCCCCACCUAGACCUUUCAGCAUACAAUAUCAGACAGCAGUAUAACAUGGUUUAUAAGCAUAUUACUUUCUUUUAUAUUUCUUCUGGGCCUUUAUGAAUUAACGAAGUGGGAUGGAUGCAGCAUCAGCAGCGUCUUCUUCGUUUUCACAGCUCUGGUUAUUUUGCCCACAGUAUCUUGUAUAUAAAAUAUGUGCAAUGAGUAGCAGGACUAAAAAUGUGACCACAGCAUUUCCGAACCCCUAAAAAAUGGACAGUCAAAACAGAAAUGAGUAAGACACAGAAUCUAAAUGCUCAUCAGCACUGUCAUGUGGACAUCUGUAUUUUAUGGGAAGCUGGUGCUCUCAUCUACAAAUUCAAUUUCUGACACUUGCCAAAACAAAAGCCAUCAUUUUGUUCUUACCUGAGACAAGAUAUAAAACCUGUGUGAGCGAUUCAGAAGUUCUUCUGAAGAAUAAAUUGUUGUGUUGGUUGGUUCACACCACUUCAGAUAAGUUUUGUCAGCAGUUACAAAUGUGCCUGGCCAGUCUGUCUUUGCGCAGACCAUGUACUGGCCAUUGAGCAACAUAAGGGCCAACCACACUACAGGAGGCAGAAGGGCAACCAACAUGCUUUUACCCACACUGUAUCCAUGAAUCAAGAGCAUCAGGAGAGAAGCAGUAACAGCAGGAAUCAAGAAGAAUGGAGCCACAAACACAGCAUUCCAUUUAGGAUUACAAGGACAAGCAAAUUCCACCUCCACAAUCUUCUCCACAGCAGCCAGAAAGAAGCCAAAAACCACAUUUGACACAACAGGGCGCUGUCCAAACUCAUUCUUGAGUCUUGCAAGCAGCUCUUCCUCUGCUCCCAUAACGAUGAUAUGUAAUCUAUACAAAACAAAUAAUGCAGAUAGAAAUAUAGAGAAAAGGUGCACAUUUAGGAAUGAUUCAGGAAUGUCAAAUAAAACCGUUUUUUUUUUUUUUU